UUAGUAUUAGGAACAACUUUAGACUUUCCUACGAAUUUAAUGUAAAAUACCGUUUUGUCAUUCGUAUGUCAGCCGCUGCAGCGAAGCAAGAAGCAAACCUUCCACAUGGAUCAGGAAAAGAUUUACUUAGACUACAAUGCGACAACUCCCCUGGAACCCGAUGUCCUGGGAGCCAUUUCAACAGCACUGUCUGAGGCCUGGGGCAACCCUAGCAGUUCUCAUGCUGCAGGUGUGAAGGCCAAGACAGUAAUAGACCGUGCCAGGACCAACCUGGCCACCAUGGUGGGAGCCAAGUCUUCAGAUAUUCUUUUCACAUCAGGAGGAACAGAGGCCAACAACAUGAUUUUACAGACUGCUCUCAAGCACUUUCAUCUCUGUCACGAAAUCACUAAUGGGACUGAUCCCAGUAGGGGAGACAACUCAGACCAGCUGCCCCACUUUAUCACCUCCAACAUGGAACAUGAUUCGGUGAAGCUUGUACUGGAAAACCUGGCUGAGGAGGGAAUCGCUAGUGUGACGUUUGUACCUGCCUCUCAGAAAACUGGUUGUGUAAUGAAAGAGGAUGUGAUAGCUGCUGUCCGUCCAUCUACCUGUAUGAUCAGCAUUAUGUUGGCUAACAAUGAGACAGGUGUGAUACAGCCAAUAAAGGAGAUCUUUGAGAGUAUCCGCCACAUCAAUUUGACUCGUAAAAACCUGCCACGAAUCCUGCUGCACACAGAUGCAGCCCAGGCUAUUGGUAAAAUGGAGGUAGACGUUGUGGAAAUGGACGUGGAUUAUCUAAGCAUUGUGGGCCACAAGUUCUAUGGCCCACGGAUCGGAGCCGUGUUUGUGAGAAACCUAGGAAGUAAAGAGGUACCUUUAUACCCGAUGUUGUAUGGUGGAGGACAGGAGCGUAACUUCAGACCAGGGACAGAGAACACUGGUAUGAUAGCUGGUCUGGGAAAGGCCGCUGAACUUGUGGUACAGUACCUAGACAACUACAGCAAACAUAUGGCUACAGUGAGGGACUACCUCGAGACACGACUCCAGGAUGUGUUUGGGGACCGAAUCCAUAUCAACGGGAAAUUUGCCACCAGUGAGCGUCUCCCGAACACUUGUAAUGUUUCCAUUUUGGGACACGGUUUGUUUGGCCACAUGGUUCUGUCCCACUGCGACAGACUGCAGGCCAGUGUUGGAGCAGCAUGCCAUGCCCAGAACAGACCAUCACACAUACUGCUGGCCAUUGGUAUCCCUGAAUCUGUGGCAAGGAACGCACUCAGAUUAUCAGUAGGCAGGGAGACAACUCUAGCCGAUAUUGACAUAGUCAUCGAGGACCUGAAGCAGGCAGUGGAAUUCAUUGAAAAUGAUUCUCAUGUCACGGAAGCUAUCACCUGCUGAGCCAGACCAUCAUACAUACCAUAUUUAGUGUCACAUGCAGCUAAUCAAAAUGUAUUUGUUUAUUUACUUAGUUUAAUAUCAUUGUCUUUAAUCCUAAUUUGACAGGGUUUUUUUCAGUGGUGCUUAAGGCUCAAAUCAUUUAACUCAUUUACCCCUGAAGAAACAUUUGAAGUAUUCCAAUUAAAAGGUUGGAAUAGUUCAUUACGAAAUUUCAGGGGUGUAUGCGUCAAUUUCGAGAAGAAUACUGAAAGAGUCUGUUUUCGGCUACAUUAUUGUAUUUUUGGAACUAUGUGUAUUUUCAGUGGAUAAAUUAAGUUUACCAUCAAAGGAAAAUGUCACUUGUUGCAUUUAACAUAUAAGAAACACUACUCAAUAAUACCCUGAUAUUGUCAGAGUAACAUCAAUGCUUUAAACAUUUUUCAUCGGAUUGUUAAAAUCUGGAUUAGCAAGGCAUUGACUCCAUACAAAACGUUACCUUGGUAAUCAGAUUAUUUUUUUAUGUUUCUGAAAUAUAUAUUAUUUUGAUAAGAUUUACGACUAUCAUGACAUGUUUAUUUCUGUACCUUCCAACUGGUGUCUGUGGUGUGCACACAUUCCAUUAGCUUAAACCUUUCCUGUUUCUGUUAAUAUUGGUCACUAAUACUAAUUGUCAGUGACAUUAAGUACUGUACUGUACACCUGGAACUUUAGUCCAGUCCAACUUUCGCUGGUAAAAUCUGUAUAAGCCCAGUGUUAUUUUUCGCUCUAUAUAUUUGCUAUGUUUAUUUUUUUGUUGACUAAUGUUGGUGUACAGUAUUACCUAGCUUGUCCUGGCUGGACCUAUAUAUUUAGAGAUUUUAUCUAAGUUAGGUUACUUAAGUUGGAACAAAACAAAAAAAUGUAUUGAGCUACAACAAAAUAUAACCCCAUCAUAAUUCUUGCCAUCUUAAUUGUAUGUUAUUUAGAACUAUUGUUUGACAAAAGACAUGGCUUAAUAUUUAAUAUGUUUUGUGUUGAACAAAGUGCUAGGCUUAAUGACGAACAUGUUAUGUGUACUACAGAGGGGUUAAUGUCAAAUUUGUUCAGUGUUUAAUGAAGAGAUUGGCUUAAUUGCGAACAUGUUCUGUGGGCUAAAUACAAAAUAUGUUGGGCUAUGUAUUACUUAAAGUGGAACUUGGGCAGUGUUAGAAAACGGUUGAAUCUAGGAAUGAACAUGUUAAGUGUUUCAAAGGGAUUGGCUAAAUGGCAAACAUGUUUUGUGUUACAAAAGAGUUAGGCUUAAUGGAAAAUAUUUGUUUCAUUUUGGCGAGGUGAUUGUCUCAAAUGUGACUAUUUCCUUUCUUUAACAUCGGAUGGGCUUAGUGGUGAACAUGAACCCAGUGCUGUGGGUGCUGUAGUGGUGAACAUGAUCCCAAUGCUGUGGGUGCUGUAGUCAUGUUCGUUACAUUUCCCUGGUUUUUGUUUUCUCUGCUUGUUAUGUUUAUUAAUUGUUGAUGUUUGACUUACAUUUGUUAUUCCAUAGCCCACUAUGUUGGUUUACCUUUUCUUUGAUUUAUUUUUACCAAAAAAAAUUCAUAUGAAGUUAAGGUGUCAUUCAGCCGCAAGAAAAAUGUUCUAUUAUCAUAAACAAGUUUUCCUGCAUUAACAAUUCAACUUUAUUUUCAUUUUUCUGGAAACUGACUCAAUAUACACAUGUGUAUGAUAAGAUGUGUUACGGUAUAGCAUUUUCUAAUUGGCUGGGUGUCAUCAAUAUUUGUUCAAAGCAUAACUUCUUUAGUUUUUCACCGACAUUCACUUAACUUGCUAUAUUUAUUAUGUACUCAAGUAAAAAUUUUGUGUUCUUAAAAUUGGGGUGGUCUUUAAUUUUGGGCUGCUAUGUGCAAAUCUAUGGCUCUUUAUGCAUAUUUUUUUUUAUCUCAAAGUCCUCUGUGUUGCUUCAGAUUUAUGGCCCAUUAUGCAUUCUUUUAUUUCAAAGUUUGUCUUGGGCAUUUUGAAAGGCAUACCGGUUAUGUACAGAGUUAUGGCCCUUUGUUUAUCAUUCAAUCUCUGUACUCUGUCCAUUCUUCAAGGUAACUAUACAUAUCUCUAUUGUUGCUAUCACAUGAUACACAAAAAAUUGAUAUUACAUCAGGGCAGAGCCGUCAUUUUAACAUUAGCUCUGUAAAUGUAUAAACCGUUGUUCUGAUGAUAGGUGAUCUAGCUAGCUAGUCAAAACAUGUAAACCGAUAAUAAAUCUACGGAAUCCAGAUGGUGAGGCUGCAUUGUUUAUAUCCUUUACAUUCAAACUUGUUAAACAUGCAUAUUUUGGGAAGAAACAAACUGAUUAUUUUCUUGACUUUGUCUCAUUGUUCAUUUGACAUGCCAAAUUUUUAUUACUAAAUUAUGUUUCAAUUUCGUCAGGUGAAUUUUCUUGAAACUGGUACACGUAUGUAGCAUUCUGGCUUAUUCAUGGUCAUAUUAUAAUUAGAAUGUCAGAUUUAAAUGCUGAGGACAUAUCCAGUAAGGACCCACAAUCUUGUCGCCAUCUUUCUACAUAUCAAUGUGUUACCUCUGUGACCGACAAGCCUGCUUUGAGUCACACACCUGGUUUUUUUCUUGACGAGAUGAAUUGGAAAAUGUGGAAAAUCCUGCCUUAAAUUGAGGUGAGGUAUAUUAUGUAUAUAGCUACUUAGCAUCAUGGCGAUGUCCUGUUGUAGUCCUGGCCUCAAAGAUUCAGCAUUAUUUUCUGGUCCGUACAUAUCACAUGACGAGGAUACCAAGUAAUAUACCUACAAAGAAAACUAAGCUUCAUGUAACAUGUGUACGCUUAAGGGCAUUAUUUUAUAUCUAUUAUUCAUAGUCAGUGUUUUCAAUAUUGCUACAUGCAUUUACGAGACUUAUUAUUAAACAUUUUUAUAAUUGGUUGCUUUUUUAUACCCCGUCUGAGGUGGUUAUAGCACUUGCUUUGUCUGUGCAUGUGUUUGUGUAUCUGUCUGUACAUCUGUAGAGAAAGGCUUGAGACAAAAAAAUAUCUUAUGAACCAUUCAACAGGUUCAGUUAAUAUCAAACCAUGAUAUGUAGACAUCAAGUUCUACACUUGAAUAUAACUUGAUGGUCAUUGAUCAUUAUGUUUAAUGGGUCAGAGGUCACUCUUGACUAGUUUGUGGCAGGCAUUAUUAUAUGAGCCUCGGUCUCUGUUCAUUUUGUUCUAUAUUGUAAAAAUUGCUCAACAUAUAAAUACAUUCAUUUAGUUAUACACAUAUUAGCACUUCUCCACCUAAAUAUUUUAAAUGUUUAUCAAUUUUACAGAAAUCCUUGUAGAACUGUAGCAGUAUAAUAUUGAUAUUAUCUAUACAUUAUAAUGGUUGUUCUUGUCAUAUCAUGUGUUUACUUUCAGUGUGAUACUUUAUGUUUACAAUAAAAAAAAAAUGAUGUUGAAGCUCCCUGACAUAUACUGGGAGUUUAUUAGAAGCAGAAGACUAAAGAUAUUUGACAAUAUAGGUUGAAGUUUAUUUGAAGCAUUAUAAUUGAUGUUGAUGAUAAAGGAGUGUAUUAAAAGCAUGCGAUUCCAUGUUUAUGUUGAAGGACCUUGACUUAUGUAUGAUUUUAUUUGAAUUGUGUGCUUUUAUCAUUUAAGGUAAGUACGGAGACUGGUUUACACAGUGUCACCUGGUUUACUCAGUGUCAGUAUGUGACAGCGUGGAGUUCAGUGCUAGGUGCCUUCACCAUGCUAUUUCAGUGAGGUAGCACUAUACAUCGGCAUCAGAUCCUUGCUGUCACAAGGAGGUAAAUACAUCAACAGCACACAUAGCUGUUAAUAGGACACCAAAUCCUAUUCAUCAAACCAAAUAUAAUGAAGGCCCAUGAUGUGUUGGGUUUUAUUUAACUCAUUCACCCCUGAAGACACAUUUGAACUCAUCCAAUUCAAAGGUUGAAAUAGUUUAUUAUGAAAUUCCAGGAGUGAAUGAGAAUAAAUGAAGGUUUCAUAUUGAUUAUAGAGGAAUUCAGUUAAAGCCUGAUACUAAAUAUUUACAAUGGAGGUCCUUGAAAAAUGUUGGAAUAUAUUGUGAAGCAUAUAACUUAAGAUAUUUGAAGUGAAGUUAGUUUGAAGCAUGAGGCUAUGUUUAUAAUGAAGGAGUUUAUUUAACUCAUUCACCCCUAAAACCUUUGAAAUGGAACAGUUUAAAUGUGUCUUCAGGGGUGAAUGAGUUAAAGCAUACAACUUAACAUCUAGAAGUGAGGUUAUAUAAAGCAUAAGUUGAGUUUAUAACAAAGGAGUUUAUUGACGCGUAUCACUACAUGACAUUAUGUAUAAUGAAUAAAGUUUAUUUGUAGCAUGAUAAUUUGUUUAUAAUGAAGGAGUUUAUUUGAAGCACAUCACUUUACAUUUUUAAUGAAGGAGUUUAUUUGAAGCAUGACAAUUUUUUAUAAUGAAAGAUCUCAUUUGAAGAGUGAAACAUAACAUUAAAAUGAAGGUCCUUAAAAUAAAUUGGAUUCAUCCUACUUCCAUUGUCUUAUACCGCUGAUGCACUGCUGUAUAUUCUGUACAUGUUAAAUGGUUUAAGAUAUUUAUAUAUGUUGUAUUUGAAAUUGUUUAAUUGUCAUUAUGAUGGUUUGUGAUGAUCUUGUCUUGGAUAUUUGCAUUUCCUUGUGAACAAUUGUUUGUGCUUACAAUAAAUUGUGGGAGUUGGUAUAAUUACUGGUACCCAGUCAUGUGUGAGAGGGGAAAUAUCAACCCAGAGGGUAAGAAGUUAUGAAGACUGCAGUAUUCAUCAAAAAAUAGUUUUUGAUGUGACAUGCAUUAUCCUCAAAAUUGAUUUGAAGCAUACAUUAAUAAAUUUUCAAUAUUUCAGUCUUUUUAUUUGAAGCAUUCAUUAAUGAAUUUUCAAUAUUUCAGUCUUUUAAACUCAAGUCUGAUUUGUAGAAAUAUUUGAAGCAUUCAUUAAUAAAUUUUCAAUAUUUCAGUCUUUUAAACUCCAGUCUGAUUUGUAUAAAUACAGUAAAACCUUGUUAAACUGCCGCCAUUUGUCCAAAGAAAUGUUGGCGUUAUGAAGAAGUUUGGCAAUAAAUUGAAGGAAAUGUAUGAAAGAAAAACAGAAAAAAUACAUUGCAAUUUAUUGUGGUAAACAAGGUGACAAAUGAAAUAAGGGACAUCAUAUGGAGUUAUUACUGUAUAUGAUAGUACUAAAAUGUAUUUUGAGUUGAACAUAAGUCCCAUGGCAAGUGUAAGCUAAAAUUCUAUUUUAUCUAAAUUGAUAAACAUAUUUAUCAAAAGUUAAAGACAGUAUUUCUGUUCUGUAAACAUGAUACAAAGAAUUUGUCAACUCAUAACCUUAGCUGUUGUAACAAACCAGAACCAACACAAAUCAGUAAGGAACAAACUAGCGACUGGAUUAUAAAAACUUUGUUUUCCCCUCCCUUCAACUAAUUACAUGUAUUAGGUAUAUGUGUACAUUAUGUACGUAAACACUUAUUCAGCUUAAUAUUACCUGCAGAAAAAUUGUUAUAGUAACAUGUAACAAGAAAUACUUUUAAUUCAAAUUUUAGGAUCGAUUAUGAUAUCGGGUUGGACAUCCAACAUUUAGGGGCCGAGUUGAGUCCCUGUCACACAUGCCUGGACCUACUGUAGUGUCGUAAAUGUUUUAUGAGGUAAUAUACUGGUAUUGUCAAUAAACAUGGACAUCA